AUGGCCAACCUGGGGCCGCAGUCAACUGGUGGCCAACCUGGGGCCGCAGUCAACUGGUGGCCAACCUGGGCCCGCAGUCAACUGGUGGCCAACCUGGGGCCGCAGGCAACUGAUGGCCAACCUGGGCCCGCAGUCAACUGGUGGCCAACCUGGGGCCGCAGUCAACUGGUGGCCAGCCUGGGCCCGGUUUCAAUAAAGAUCUGUGUGGUUUCUGUGAUUGCGCGGCCGCUGGACCGGAACAGGAAACCGCGCCUCGCAAGACGGGGCGGCAGUCCACUGCCUUAUGUCGCCGGCAAUAAAGCAAAAUCUUUCUGUGAUGUAUAUGGAAUGGACUCGUUCAAUUCUACGUUACAAGUAAACACUGAAGGCAAUGCAGGUGAACUAGAACUGAACAAUAAUAGUUUAAAAUUUGAUUGUAACAAAUACAGUUCUUCGCCAUACUCAAAUCUGUCGUCUCCUGGCAAUGGUGUUUCUAAGACAAACCAUUUCUUCCCAACAUUUUUAAAACCUGACAUUUCAAUAACUGACGGCACCAAACAGUCCUUCUUUCAACAACGUAUUGCACCUACUUUGGAUAUUCCAACAUCACCCUUGUGUUUAGCAAGAAACAAUGACAAACCGGCAUUAUCUCCCCUCGAGCACCUACAUUUUCCAUCGUUGCCUAGCGACCAUAGCCCGAUCUUGCCCCAGCCCGAUACCCCACCCAGUACAACUGCAAUGUUCCUGCGCGGAUUCUACGGCGGGAGAUCCUUAUAUUACAACACCGCCAAAGUGUUCCGAUGCCAUGAGUGCGGGAAAACGUUCAAGCGUUCGUCGACGUUGAACACGCACCUGCUGAUCCACAGUGACACGCGGCCGUACCCGUGCUCGUACUGUGGGAAACGGUUCCACCAGAAGUCGGACAUGAAGAAACACACAUACAUCCAUACAGGUGAGAAGCCACAUCGGUGUCAAGUGUGCGACAAACGUUUCUCGCAGUCAUCUAACCUGAUCACGCACAGCCGGAAGCAUACCGGGUAUACACCCUUCCGGUGUGAUAUGUGUAGCCGGACGUUUCAGCGGAAGUUAGAGUUGAGAAAACAUAAGGAGACCGGGAAGUGCGUAGCUACGCUAUGAAAUUACGACGUUUGAAAGUUAAGGCAUUUCGUGUACACGUGUUUAAACAUACAAUGGGGCAUUGUUAUCAUUAAAGUUAUGAAGUGCAUUCAUCUUCUUGAAAUCAUUGAGAAGGUCAUUGCAAAUAUGCUGA